AUAUGGAUAUGCGGCAAUAUGAAAUAAUCAGACCCAAUUCAUUCCCUCCCUCAUUUCUUCCACAAACCAUCAAAAACGACUUUAGGCACCCUCCAAAUCCAAUUACUCCAUGAACUUCUUUCCUUCUUCCUACUUAAGUGAAACCAGUAAUUCAUUGACUCAUUCUUGCUUCCCUAAGCCCAAGAGAACAAAAAUGCUGCUCCAAAUUUUACUGCUCUUUCUUGUUAUCAGCCCCUCUACCUCAUAUAGCAGUAGCUUCAAUUACUCAAACUUUCAUGGAGCAAAAUUGAGGUUAGAUGGUGUUGCAGAGAUCAUGCCUAGAGGAGCACUGCAAGUAACAAAUAGUUCCCUAUCAGUAUUGGGCCAUGCCUUCUAUCCUACCCACUUGAAUUUCAAAAACUCUUCAAGAGGAAAUGCUCUCUCUUUCUCAACAACCUUUGUCUUUGUUAUCACUCUGCCCAUUAUAAGAGCAGCUAAUGGUCUUGCAUUUGUGAUCUCUCCUUCUACUGACUUCCGAGGAGCCAUAAGUGCACAAUAUCUUGGACUCUUUGGCAUCACAGGAGAUGGCGACCCGAAAAACAAAGUUUUUGCUGUGGAAUUCGACACCCACGAUAACGUAGAUUUAAAAGACAUUGAUGAUAACCACGUCGGCAUCGACCUAAACAGCUUGAGGUCUAAUAUGUCGGCUUCUGCAGCUUAUUACAUCACAGAAGAUAACCAAACCACCAAAAAUCAUCUAAAUCUCAAAAGUGGAGACCCGAUUCAGGUAUGGAUAGAGUAUCAUGGCAUAGAGAAGCUGCUCAAUGUAACUCUGUUUCCUGUCAAAGCAGCAGGAAGACCCAGCCAGCCAUUGAUUUCUUCCAAGGUAGAUCUCUCCCCCAUCCUACAAGAGUCAAUGUAUGUGGGUUUCUCCGCAAGCACAGGUCUAUUUGCAAGUGGCCAUUACGUUUUGGGAUGGAGCUUCGCGAUAAAUGGUAGAGCUCAAGAUUUGGAUCUCUCUCUUCUUCCUCCAUACCCUAAAGCCAAAUCAUCUAGAGGGCUUCCCAUGGUUGCUAAGAUUGGGAUCUCUCUAUCUUCCGUAAUCCUAGCCAUGGCAGCCAUCUCGAUGAUCAUACACCUUACUAAAAGGCAAAGGGAUGAGGAGAUUGUGGAAGACUGGGAGUUGGAAUAUGGACCCCAUAGGUUCUCAUACAAGGAGCUCUGUGAGGCCACCAAAGAUUUCAGAGAGGAAGAGCUGGUGGGAUCCGGGGGCUUUGGCAAGGUUUAUAGAGGAGUAAUGCCAGGCUCUCGGAUAGAAGUUGCAGUUAAACGUGUGGCAAAUAAUUCAGAGCUAGGAUUAAGAGACUUCUUGGCAGAGAUCUCCAGCAUCGGGAAACUACGACACAGGAACCUCGUGCCACUACUAGGAUGGUGCAAGCAAAAAACAGAGCUACUAAUUGUCUAUGACUACAUGUCCUAUAAUAGCCUCGACAAGCACCUGUUCAAUGAAAGCACUCCUGUUUUAGGAUGGGAGCAAAGGCACAACAUCCUCAAGGGUAUCGCCUCGGCGUUGCUCUACCUACACGAGCAAUGGGAACAAGUGGUAGUACACAGAGACGUGAAGGCUAGCAACAUUUUGUUAGAUGCAGAUAUGAACGGUCGAUUAGGAGACUUUGGGCUAGCACGGGUAUAUGAGCAUGGAUCUGACAUGCAUACAACACAUGUCGUGGGAACCCUGGGCUACCUUGCACCCGAGGUGUCUCGUACUGGCAAGUACACUACUUACUCUGACGUCUUCUCUUAUGGCAUUGUGCUGCUUGAGGCGGCUUGUGGGCGUAGAACAGUCGAGCCACAGAGGUUGUCUGUCGAAGUCAUUUUGGUAGAUUGGGUGUGGAAGUGCUUCAAGGAAGCAAAGCUCUUGGACGUCGUUGACCAUAGGCUUAAGGGUGGCUUUGUAGCUGAAGAGAUGGCAAUGGUGUUGAGGCUAGGAUUGCUGUGCUCUCACCCAGUGCCAGCUACAAGGCCUAGCAUGAGGCCUAGCAUGAGGCAAGCCACUCUGCCAUAUUACAGGAAGGACUGCAAUUGCAGAGACCCCGCAAAAUGA